AUGCAGCCAAUUACUACUUUCUACAUUCCCGGUGUAGCUCCACUUGAUUUUACAAAAGGAGAAAAUGUUGAAGUUAAAGCUGUUAAAAUGACAAGUACAAAAACACAAUUACCAUAUGAUUAUUAUGAUGUAGCUGUUCAUUGUAAACCACUUAAUGGAACAAAAUAUAAAUCAGAAAACCUUGGCGAAAUUCUUCGAGGUGAUCGAAUUGUUAAUACAAACUUUAAAGUUGGAAUGGAUGUUAAUGUUCGUUGUCACACACUUUGCAAAGAUAUUACUUUAACUUCACAGCAAAGUUCUACACUGGGAAAACGUAUUCGAAAAAGUUAUUAUGUUCACCUUCUUGUUGAUAAUCUUCCAUGUGCAACUAAAUUUCAAAAUGUUGAUACUUAUGAAGUUCUUUAUGAACAUGGUUAUCGUUUAGGAUUACAUACAAAACAAACAGAAGAUAUUUAUUUAAAUAAUCAUUUAGUUAUGAAAUUAUAUUAUCAUAAAGAAUCUGAAGAAUUUUAUCGAGUUGUUGGUUUUGAAGUUGAACCAAAAAGUAUUGAUUCAAAACGUAUAACUGUUAACGAUGAUGGAACAUGUAAGAUUCAAAGUGGUCAAGAAAUGCAACAAAUUAAUCCAAAAGGGGAAAAUACAGUAACAAUGACUUAUGAAGUUGAAUGGGCAUCUAGUGAAACACGUUGGGCAAGUCGAUGGGAUACAUAUUUAGCAAUGACUGAUGCACAAAUUCAUUGGUUUUCAAUUGUAAAUUCAGUUAUUGUUGUAUUUUUUCUUGCUGGUAUAUUAUCAAUGAUUAUUGUUAAAACACUUCGUCGUGAUAUCGCACGAUAUAAUCAAGAAGAUUCAGAUGAUGUUACUGAAGAAACUGGUUGGAAAUUAGUGCAUGGUGAUGUAUUUCGACCACCACGUGGUAAAAAUUUUCUUGCUGCACUCAUUGGUUCUGGUAUUCAAAUUUUCUUAAUGUCAUUGAUUGUUAUCGUCUUUGGUGCUCUUGGAAUGCUUUCACCAUCCUCACGUGGUGCAUUGAUUACAGCAGCUUGUUUUCUUUAUGUAUUUAUGGGUCUUAUUGCGGGUUUCUACUCGGGUCGAAUAUAUAAGACAAUCAAAGGAUCAAAUUGGAAACGAACAGCAGCUUUAACUGCUACAUUAUAUCCAGCAGUUGUAUUUGGUAUUGGUUUUUUUCUAAAUUUUUUCAUAUGGGGAAAACGUUCAUCGGGUGCUGUGCCAUUUACAACUAUGCUUUCUAUACUUGUCAUGUGGUUAGGCAUCUCAUUUCCAUUGGUUUGUUUUGGAUUCUAUUUUGGUUAUCGUAAACAACCGUAUGAUCAACCAGUUCGAACAAAUCAAAUUCCACGUCAAGUACCUGAACAACAAUGGUUUUUACAUCCAGUAUUAAGCACUUUAAUGGCUGGUGUUCUUCCAUUUGGUGCAAUGUUUAUUGAAUUAUUCUUUAUCUUUUCGGCCAUCUGGGAAAAUCAAUAUUAUUAUCUAUUUGGUUUUCUCUUUCUUGUCUUUAUUAUUAUAAUAAUAUCUUGUUCACAAAUUUCAAUUGUCAUAACUUACUUUCAAUUAUGUGGAGAAGAUUAUCAUUGGUGGUGGCGAUCAUUUAUUGCAUCAGGAGGUUCAGCAUUUUAUGUAUUUGCUUAUUCAAUCUUUUAUUUUUUCACAAAACUCGAUAUUACUGAAGCUAUUCCAAUAAUGCUUUACUUUGGUUAUACAUUUUUGAUCUGCUUUACAUUUUGGACUCUGACGGGUACAAUUGGUUUUAUUGCAUCAUAUAUUUUUGUCAGAAAAAUAUAUGCUGCUGUCAAGAUCGAAUAA